AUGGAGCAAAAAGUAGAAACUUCAGAUGCUAGAAAAGGUUCAAACGGUCCUGGUGGACUGGUGCGAGUCAUCAAAGACAAGCAAGACGAUUCUUCGAGCUCUAGUUCAUCUGGAGGAGCGUUCAUACCAUAUUGUAAUCUUUCCCAAGCUCAGCUAUCAUUCCAUGGACACAAGGACAGUGUAAAGUUCUUCAUAGCUGUGCCAGGUGAAGAGAACGAACCGCCGAUUGUUACAAAAGGUGUUCGCGCGCGCGACAUGUCUCAUCUUAUCAUCUGGGAAAUGGACGCCGAAUUACCUAUCGUUACCAAGUAA